AUGCUGACUAAGUACUUUGACUUCAGCCUUGGCAGUGUCACAGAGAGCUCUCUAUGGAGGUAAGGAGGGGUUCUGGCUUCGGUGUUCAUGUUCAGGACCAAGAGUUGUUCUUGAUCAUGUGAUUGCCCGAGUGAUUGCCUAUCACAUGGUUAGGAAAAACGAAUGGCCCUUUUUAAUGUUGCAUGAUACAGUACACUGGGAACGUUGUGUUCAAACACUGCAAACUAGUGUUGUACUGUAUGUUCCUGAAUGUAGCAUAUUAAACUUGAAAUAUUUCUGACAUCCAGAAAAUGCCAGAUGGCAAUGUGAAAUACACAUGCUUCUGGAGAAGCUUUUCUAAUAUGAUUAUGUAACUGUCUCCAACUCCAACACAUUUGUUAUCAAGCUUGGUUUUUAAUGUUACUGAGAAACAGGGUUGAUAUUUAUAAUGUAUAUUGUGGUGUCAACGUUUUAGGACACUUGUAUACUGUAUGUUUUACAUGAACUACAAAUCAUAUAAUUCCCUUGCGUAGUCUGUCAUACUGAUAUCCAUGUUUAUUCUUAUAAUUGAACAAUUCUCCAUUCAACUAGCAAAUUGCGUCGUUCCAGUUCCAAUUGCCUGCGAAGCCUAAUGAUACUAUCACUGUACUAAACCAUAGGUAUUAUCAUUGAUAUUGCUCUGUGCUCUCAGUCUCACCAUUUAACAGUAGAAUAACUAAUUUAGUUAAUCCCCUAAUUGAAUUCUAGGUCAACAGACUAUGGAACCACAUAUGAGAAACUUGAUGAAAAGGUUGGGCCAAAAACCAUACUAAGCUACUUGUACGUGAGUCCAAAUAACAAACGAAAGGUAAGUCCUCAUACAUGUACCAUACCAUAACCAUAUCUGUUUCAUGUCCUUAAAACUCUUAACAAUAGUAUAAUUAUCAAGUUUAAUCAUUACGAACAUUAAUGGAUAAUAAUAAUAAUCAUUACUAAAUGUUGUGAUUUAUAAAACAAUGGAUACAUACAUCUGUUAGAUUUUGGAGCUAAUAUCAUUCUUAUUCAUACUAUGUUGGCAGCAUUUUUAUUUGAAUUACUAUUGAUAUCAUCUCUGUUUAUAUAAGACGGUCUGCACUCGCAGAAUAUACAGCAGACCUAAUAGACAGCACACCUAAUGCCCUGUGGAUGCUGUCAUAGCAGGAGGAUAACUCUCCUUCCUCUCCUCUCCUGACCUGUCCUCUCUCAUCUCAGAUCAUGUUACUGACUGACCCGGAGGUGGAGAGCAGCCUGCUCAUUAGCCUUGAUGAGGGCGCAUCCUAUCAGAGGUACCACUUAGCCUUCGACAUCCUCAGCCUCCUCUUCCACCCCGAGCAGGAGGACUGGAUCCUGGCUUACAGCCACGACCAGAAG